AUGGCCGGAAUUGUCAACAAGGAGUUUGACGAGUUGGCCCAGACAGGGCUGAACUACCUGUCAUGGUCCUCGGAUUGCGAGAUUUUUCUCCAGGGCAAAAGCCUCCUGAGGGCGAUCUGCUCUGCAUUUUCUCGUCAUCACCUGUCACCUACUCUGAAAGACAAGUAUAUGGCUGAGCGGAGUGCUUCUGGCCUUUGGACCGCUCUUCAGCAGCGGUUUGAGCGGCUGAAGUACACCGUGAAGCCACGUGCAGAGGCAGAGUGGAUCCGUCUGAGGUUUGCGGACUUCAAGACGGUUGGGGAGUACAAUUCGGCUCUGCACCGGAUUUGUACGACUCUUCGGUUGUGUGGUACUGAGAUUACCGACACCCAGAAGAUUGAGAAAACCCUAUCCACUUUCCACCCUGACGCGGUACAGUCCUCACGGAACUACCGCCAGGGCAACUACACUAGGUAUUCAGAGUUGAUUGACGUCCUCCAGGUGGCGGAGGCGCAGGACGAGGUUCUAAAAAAGAACUUUGUCGCGCAACCACUUGGGGGAAGUUCUCGCCAGGAGGUGAAUGCUCUCAAAGUCCGCAAGCCUCAACAGAAGAAGAGGGGCCGCAAGGGCAAGAAGAAGGGCCCUCAACCCUCCGCCCCGGCUAAGCACCAAAAGCCGGACAUCCGCGCCAAUCGUUUUCAUAUUGAGACCGAUGAUGAGAACGGCAAGGAAUGCCUACUCAUCACAAAGCGGGAUGCAAAUGGUUAG